AUGCUUGGAUAAACCCUGCCCCCAUUUCCAACAAAAAUUUCCUGCUAAAGCGUCGUCUUGUUCGCUCCACUCGCUGACUACUACAUGAACUCCUCGCUUUCUCCCUCUCUCUAUAAAUUUUCACACUCUGUUUUCUCUGUUUUUCUCUAUUCGCUUUCUGCAUAACCCAAAAGAAAAUUAUACAAAAAAAAAAAAAAAAAAAAACAAGGAGGAGGAGAGGAGGAGAAGAAAAAUGUCAAACAAGGAGGCUGCGUAUGUUGGCUCAAUCGACCAAGGAACCAGCAGCACCAGAUUCAUUAUCUACGACCGCUCAGCUCGUCCGGUAGGAUCUCACCAGGUCGAGUUCACUCAGUUCUACCCAGAAGCCGGAUGGGUGGAGCAUGAUCCAAUGGAGAUUUUGGAGAGUGUGAGGGUGUGCACUGCCAAGGCAAUGGACAAGGCCACAGCGGAUGGCCACAACGUGGACAGCGGGUUGAAGGCUAUUGGGUUGACCAAUCAGAGAGAGACAACUCUGCUCUGGAGCAAAUCCACCGGUCUUCCUCUUUACAACGCCAUUGUUUGGAUGGACGUUCGUACCAGUUCUAUUUGCAGAAAAUUGGAGAAGGAAUUGCCUGGGGGAAGGACUCAUUUUGUGGAGGUAUGUGGUCUGCCCAUAAGCACCUAUUUCAGUGCACUGAAGCUGCUCUGGUUGAUGGAAAAUGUGGAUGCUGUUAAGGAGGCUGUGAAAGCAGGGGAUGCUCUUUUUGGCACGAUAGACACUUGGUUAAUCUGGAACUUAACAGGUGGGAUAAAUGGAGGAAUUCAUGCUACUGAUGUUUCAAAUGCAUCAAGAACAAUGCUCAUGAAUCUCAAAACACUUGAUUGGGAUAAACCCACUUUAAAAACCUUAGGGAUUCCAGCUGAAAUUCUGCCCAAAAUUGUCAGUAAUUCUGAGCUUAUUGGAAAAUUUUCCAAAGGUUGGGCAGUGUCUGGUGUCCCAAUUUCAGGAUGUUUAGGUGACCAACAUGCAGCAAUGUUGGGGCAAUCUUGCCGGAAAGGUGAAGCUAAAAGCACUUAUGGAACUGGUGCUUUCAUACUUCUCAACACAGGUGAAGAGAUAAUCCAGUCAAAGCAUGGGCUCCUAUCCACUUUAGCAUUCAAGCUUGGCCCCAAAGCACCAACAAAUUAUGCUCUAGAGGGAUCGAUUGCUAUUGCUGGAGCUGCAGUUCAAUGGCUCAGAGACAGUCUUGGGAUAAUUAGUAGUGCAAGUGAGAUUGAGGAAUUGGCAUUAAAGGUUGAAUCCUGCGGUGGGGUUUACUUUGUGCCUGCUUUUAAUGGAUUGUUUGCUCCUUGGUGGCGUGAUGAUGCUCGUGGAGUUUGUAUUGGGAUCACAAGGUUUACAAGCAAGGCUCACAUUGCUCGAGCUGUGCUUGAGAGCAUGUGUUUCCAAGUCAAAGAUGUGUUGGAUUCCAUGCACAAAGAUGCAGGGGAGGGGGGUGAGGUUAAGAAUGAGAAGGGGGAAUUCUUGCUUAGGGUAGAUGGUGGUGCUACUGUUAACAGUCUUUUGAUGCAGAUUCAGGCAGACUUGUUGGGAAGCCCGGUCGAGAGACCAGCUGACAUAGAAACAACCGCUCUUGGAGCAGCCUAUGCUGCUGGAUUAGCAGUUGGUUUUUGGACAGAAGAUGAGAUAUUUGCUUCUGAAGAAAAGUUGAAAACUGCAACCAUUUUCCGUUCAACAUUAAAUGAAGAGUUAAGGAAGAAGAAGGUGGAGUCUUGGUGCAAAGCUGUUUCCAGAACUUUUGACUUGGCUGAUCUUUCUCUUUGAUAUACUCGUGUCAAUCCUUUUCCAUUAUCCCCUGUUUUAUUUUGCC